GCAACAUGCGUGGCUACGCAGCAAAAGAAGUGAACUGGAGGAAGAAGGAUUUGUCUAAACAUGAAGCUGAUGAGUUGGACUUUACUGACAUGUCUGCUGGGACUAAUUGUUGUUUCAUCGACUGGAAGAAGAUCAAGAAGUAGUAGAUUUGGAGGGAAAAGUAGCAAUGGAACACAGAAGCAAAACCCAAACCAGAGAAUUCCAAAGAGGAAACCCAUAGCAAAAGUGCCCCAGCGAUCACAGUUUCAUAACCAUUCUGAAUUUAUAAGUACUCAGCCAACACAAUCUACUGUGUUAGCUAGUAAUGAUUCGCUGACAGGAAAUUUAUUUGUUACCAGUUUACCAAAUAAAACACAACCUAAAUCGAAAAGUACACAAUCAAGUGAUUCUACUGUGUUAGUUGGUAAUAAUACAGCAAACCAUUCACAACUGACAACAGUAUCAACAGUGAAAAGUAUCCCCACUAGCCACACUGGUGUGUCCCAUAUAAAACCCACAAAAGGUCCCGAAAAACCGAACACACAUGAAUCGAAGACUGAUGGGAGUGGAGCCGGAGGAGAAAACGUUGAAACGAACACAGAUGGGAGUGGUGCCGAAGGAGAGGAAGUUGGAACGAACACAGAUGGGAGUGGAGCCGAAGAAGAGAAAGUUGGAACGAGCACAGAUGAAGAAAAUGGUAGAUCGUGGAUAAAAAGAUUCCAUCCGGCAUUCCCAAGGAAAACGGCGGGAAGCCUCUCGGUCCUGUUCUUGGUUGGAAUUGUUCUGGUUUUGCUGUUCUAUGCGCUGUUCCACAAUAGACGAAGGAUAAUAGGUUUUGUGGUAGAGGGGAGAAAUGGCAGGCCUAAUUCAAGAAACUACAAGAAAUUGGAAGAAGCUAUGCCUUCACUGAGAAAAACAGCUGCUUGAAAAAAUGUUUAAGUCAGGCCCCCAGCAUUAUUGACCACAAAAGGACCAAAACAGCCUGGUGUACGAGAGAGUCCUGAAGGAAUGCCAUUUUCCGGUUGUUAUGGGACGUAAUUAUGCCACCUUUAUACUGCUACCGCUAAGAUGCAUUUAUAACUCAAGGACAAUUUCUACUUGCUGAUUUUGCUUCGAAUCAAAGUUUUUUAAGGCCAUCAAAGCUGAAAAUGAACAUUUUAAUGUUUUCGAUAUAAAUCACUCUGUUAUAAGCUGGUAUUGUAACAAAGGAACUGUUCCUGUUUUAAAAUGUCUUUCAAAAAAGUAAACAUUUUACAACGUAUCCUGGUUAUGUUCUCGCGUUUUACUAUUAGGACAGUUUCGAUAUACCUUAGUCCCUUCAAAUUUCGCCUGCCUUUAAUUGCUCCCCCCCGGAGGGGGACGAGAAUUAAAGGGGGCGAAUUAUGGAAAUCAAAGGUAGCGAACCUGUGCACAAAAGGGGGCGAAAAUUAAAGAGGCGAAAAUUUAAGGGAGCCAAAAUUGAAGGUAGCCUAAAUUUGAAGGGACUAAGGUAAUUAGUUGUAUAUUUUGCAGCUUGAUAUUUCGAUCCUGAUUCUAUGGUUUAUACUCUGAGAUAUGUUAUACGAAAAGCUUCAGUAUAUAUGUUGUAAAAUGUUUUCUUUUUUCAAAACCAAUUUCAUAUUUUAUUUCUGCUUUGCUGAACGAUUUAAAAGGCAUUUGACACAGGUAAAAGCUUACAGCCACUCGAUCACGAGUAGUUGACCAAUCAAAUUGCACACAGAGAAAAACACAUGAACAGUUCCAGCCUUUCUGCAAAUCGGCGAAACCCUAGAGCAGCGUGCAGUGGUUUCAUGUGAGCAGUUUCCAAUCCCUUUCUUCUGCGCAUGCUCUGAUCAACUGGCCUAAGUUAUUUUUGGAUUUGCUGUACUUAUGCACGUCAAAUACCUAUAAAUCUGCUGAAAAUAUUUUAUUUAUUUGUUAAUUAACGUCUGUUUUGUAUGCUUGUAAUUAUUUAAGUAUUGGAAUAGAUAAACAGAUUUUUACAUCAGUAAUUUUAAAAAGGACCUCUUGUUAGACUGACGGGUGUGAUGUUUAAAUUUAAGGAAAAGAACUCAACCCUCGGUAUUCUGGGAAGAGUAUGCAAAGAAGUUGAUAUGUUAUUUCCCGCCCACAGUUUCUGAUUUGGCUAUUUAAAAUAAUUGUCAGGUCAUUGAUCAAUCAGUUGUUUUUUCAUAUUGUUUUGUCCUCUUAAAGA